UAUUUAUCACCAAAAACUUCUGCUCUCAUUAUCUGUAGUUAUUUUUUCAAGACUAACCAUAGAAAUCUCUCUCUUUUUUUUUUUUUACCCUUUUUCCUUCUUUUGAGUCUCACUAAUAAAAACUUGCCACGUGAGCAAAAACAACGAAAACAACUAUUUUACUUCCAAAAAGAAAAAAAUAAAAAAAAAAAAGACCAAGAGAGUAGACCAAAGUCAACAAUUAUUGGUCUCUUUCCCAACAAUACAGUAAACUGUAAACUCAUAGCUUUUUUCAACAUCUCUUCCCUAUCUUGUCCUCCAUUUUCUCUCCAUCCCUUGAAGCUUUUCGAUUUCCGAGCUCGACCCAUUUGAGAGACCUCGUCGGAGACCUCGCCGGCGUCCAUGGAUUAUCGCCGUGGCGGCGGCGCCGGCGGCUGCUGCCGGUGCUGCUUCAGCUUCAUCUUCACUCUCGGCCUCACCGCCCUCUUUUUGUGGCUAAGUCUCCGCACCUCAAAGCCCACUUGCGCCGUCCAAUCCAUCUACUUCCCGGCCCUCAACAGAACCUUAAACAAUCCGAAAAACACCACGGUUUAUCUCACCUUAAGGCUCGAAAACGGCAACAAGGACAAGGGAAUCUUCUACGACAACGUCAAUCUCACGCUCUCGUACAUUCCCAACAUCACCGAUCCGAAGAAGAUCAAACUAGUAAACGACACGUUUGUUACUGCGUUUUAUCAGGGGCACAAGAAGACGGCCAAGAAGGAGGUGAACUUCUCCGCCGCGGAGCUGAACUGGACGGCGGCGAGGGCGGUCAAUUCGACAACGUUUUUUAGGGUAGAUUUGGCGACGGCAGUGAGGUUCAAGAUCAUGGCGUGGAAGACCAAGAGGUAUAGGAUUAUGGUUGGUGCUAACGUGGAAGUCAACGAGUUUGGAGAGAAAGUCAAGAAGAAGAAGAAGGGGAUUAAGCUAUCUGGGGCUGGGAAAAAUGGAGGAUUUUCUUUAAAAGUUGGGGUUUUGGUCAAUUUCUUGAUCUGGGUUUUGCUUAGUUUUUGAUAAUGCAUUGGCUACAAUUGGUUUUUCUCUUUGAAGGUUGGGGUUUUGGUCGUCAAUUGGCUAAAGAAAGAAGUUUUUUGUUGUUUGUUGCCAAUAAUUUGUGUUUUCUCUUCAAUAGUGAGAUGCUGCAGAAAUAGUCACCAACGGUUUGUAAUUUGUAUUUUGCAGUUUUUUUUUUUUUUUCUCUCUGUAAUGAGGGACACAAAAAUAAAAAAAAAGGGGAAAAUUUGGACUGCAAAUCUUGCUGGCUAAAUGGGUUGUGUUUGUUUGAUACUUUGUAUUUUGUUUUGUUUGUUUUUGUUUUUUGUUUUUGUUUUUGUUUUUUUCUUUGGUUUCAGUUAAUCCAUUGAAGCAAGUAAUAGAACCGAUUUACAAAGAUAUUUUGUAGCA